GCGGAGAUCCACAAGGUGCACAGUCGAUUAAAUGUGUUAAAAAAACGUGAUGUUGAGGGUCAGGGUUCAUUCCCCUUUCAAGAACUAAUGGAUAGCUCAGGGAGCAGCGAAACAAAUAAAGCCUUCGACGCAAAACGCUCACCUCGAGUAAAGAGGAGUCCCAACCGUCUCCUUUCUAAGACCACAAUGAACGUAAAACAUUUAAUAGAGAUGCCAUCCAAGAUUGUUUUAGUCUCAUCACCUCCAAAUUUAAUAAUGAUAGCGAUAUCAAAAAAAAGCAAAGCACAUCAUGAGUACAAAUCACCAUACUUAGCCUCAUUUGGCAUUAGAAAAUAUCGCAUCAAGAAUAUGGAUUUUCCUAUCAUCUCGACCACAUAA